AUGUUCCAGGACAAAGGGUGGGUCCUUGUGACCCUGAUCACCUUGGUGUCGCCGUCGUGGGCUGCUUACAAACUCCAGGAGCGAUAUAGUUGGAACCAACUGGACUUUGCUUUCCCGAAUGCCCGAUUAAAGGAGCAAGCUCUGGCUAGCGGAGAUUACAUUCCGCAGAAUGGUCUACCUGUUGGAGUCGAGCACUUUGGCAAUCGGUUAUUCGUCACCGUUCCCCGCUGGCGAGAUGGAAUUCCAGCCACUCUGACCUAUAUAAACAUGGACCGCAGUUUGACGGGUUCACCGGAGCUGAUUCCGUAUCCGGAUUGGCGCUCAAACACAGCUGGAGAUUGCGCCAAUAGUAUUACCACCGCCUAUCGCAUCAAAGUGGAUGAGUGUGGUCGGUUGUGGGUUUUGGACACCGGAACCGUGGGCAUUGGCAAUACCACCACCAACCCGUGCCCCUAUGCGGUAAAUGUGUUUGACUUGACCACGGAUACGCGAAUUCGGAGAUACGAGCUUCCUGCCGUGGACACGAAUCCAAAUACCUUCAUAGCCAACAUUGCCGUGGAUAUAGGCAAAAAUUGCGACGAUGCAUAUGCCUAUUUUGCCGAUGAAUUGGGCUAUGGCUUGAUUGCCUACUCCUGGGAACAGGACAAGUCCUGGAGAUUCUCGGCUCAUUCGUACUUCUUCCCGGAUCCUUUAAGGGGCGAUUUUAAUGUCGCUGGUAUUAACUUCCAAUGGGGCGAGGAGGGCAUAUUUGGUAUGUCUCUUUCGCCCAUUCGAUCGGACGGUUAUCGUACCCUGUACUUCAGUCCGUUGGCCAGUCACCGACAGUUCGCCGUAUCCACUAGGAUUUUGAGGGACGAAACCAGGACGGAGGAUAGCUAUCAUGACUUUGUUGCCUUGGACGAACGUGGUCCAAACUCCCACACCACUUCGCGUGUGAUGAGCGAUGAUGGAAUUGAGCUGUUCAAUUUAAUAGAUCAAAAUGCUGUGGGCUGCUGGCACUCAUCAAUGCCGUACUCACCACAAUUUCAUGGCAUUGUGGAUCGCGAUGACGUUGGCUUAGUCUUUCCGGCCGAUGUGAAAAUCGAUGAGAAUAAAAACGUGUGGGUCCUAUCCGAUAGGAUGCCCGUGUUCUUGCUGUCUGAUUUGGAUUAUUCAGAUACUAAUUUCCGAAUUUACACGGCGCCCCUGGCCACUUUAAUUGAUAACACUGUAUGUGAUUUGAGGAAUAACGCCUAUGGGCCGCCGAAUACAGUUUCGAUACCAAAACAGGCCGUUCUGCCAGUUGGUCCACCGUUAUAUACGAAACAAUAUCGACCUGUCUUGCCACAGAAACCUCAGACCAGCUGGGCUUCCUCGCCGCCUCCUCCAAGUCGCACUUACUUGCCCGCCAAUUCCGGUAAUGUAGUGUCCAGUAUAAGUGUUUCUACAAAUACUGUGGGUCCUGCAGGAGUGGAGGUACCAAAGGCCUAUAUUUUCAACCAGCACAACGGCAUAAAUUACGAGACAAGUGGUCCCCAUCUAUUUCCUACCCUUCAGCCCGCCCAACCGGCUGGCCAGGAUGGUGGACUAAAAACGUAUGUGAAUGCCCGCCAAUCUGGGUGGUGGCACCAUCAGCAUCAAGGUUAACUUACUCCUAUACACGGUACUUGGGUAUAUUCUCACACACUCGAUUGAUGUAUAGAAUAUUUAAAGACAACAACAUAGGGCAACAGCGGUUAAAAAGCACACGAUGU